UCAAAAAUUGAGCAAAAACGGAAUAAAUUUCAAUUAAAUAUUAAAUAAUAUUGAAAGAUAAACAUUCAAUAAAAAAGCUCAUAAUAAAAUUAAGAUGAUUUAACUUCUUUUCAAGCGGAAAAUUACAUAAAAAUUAAAAAAAAAUCAAAAGAAUGAAUCCUGACAACGCUUGCGGCUUGAGUAUCUGGCACCCGGGGUUUCUCCAGCGAUUUGCGACGAAAAAAACGUUCAUCAUCAUCUAUGGAUUGCUCGGAUGUGUUCAAGCCAUGUCCUUUGUGUAUUUCGUCGUUAGUUUAACAACUUUAGAAAAACGUUUCCAAAUCCCCAGCUCGACAACGGGCAUCGUUCUGUGCGGAAACGAAAUUUCUCAGAUAUUAUUAUCGCUUAUUUUGUCGUAUUUCGGCGGGCAGCGAAAUCGUCCUCGUUGGAUUUCGUGGGGCGUGAUGUUUUGUGCACUUUCGUGUUUCAUCCUGGCAUCUCCGCACUUUUUCUACGGCGCUGGUGAAGAUGCCCUGAAACUCACAAAGGAAUAUAUGGAAUCAACGGAUCAUUUGCAAAGUGUGUUGAAUGUAUCGGCAGAUGCUUUGUACAAAAGUCAGAACCGGUUGUGCAUGACAGACCCGCUCGAGAAGGAAUGCACCGAAGUAUGGUCGAUUUUGCCACUGGUUCUGAUCUUUUUGUCACAAUUUGUGCUCGGGAUCGGAAAUACGUUGUAUUAUUCGCUCGGAGCGAGUUAUUUAGACGAUAAUAUCGAAAAUAAGACAAGUACUCCGAUCAUGUUGGCACUUGCUUUCUCGUUGAGGAUGUUUGGACCAGCCGUUGGAUUCUUCGUGGCAGCUGGAGCGUUGAAAAUUUACAUUGAUCCAACAAAAACUCCCAUUAUAAGUAACAAGGAUCCUCGGUGGUUGGGUGCAUGGUGGCUUGGAUGGGUCGUUCUUGGCAUCACAAUGGCAAUUUUUGCAUUUUUAAUCGGCUUAUUCCCGAAAGAACUCCCGAAAAAGCAAAAAUCUGAACCUGAAAAAAAACCCGUUCCAUUAUUUUCUGAGGAAGAAGUAUUGAACGGACAAAGGAUUCCUGAUCCAUUUCUCAAUGAUCAUAAUGUCGGCAGCAUGAGUACUUUACCCAUCAAGCGUCAAAAUAACGCGGGAUUCUCCGAAGCUGUUUACCGUUUGAUCAAAAACAAGGUUUUGAUGUUCAAUAUUUUCUCGGGAGUCUUUUACAUCCUCGGCAGCAGUGGAUACAUCACGUUCAUCGCAAAAUACAUGGAAGUGCAAUUCCAUAAGACAGCUGCGGAUGCCACAAUUGUCACGGGACCCGCAACUCUCUUCGGUAUGAUCAUCGGAAUGUUACUUUCGGGUUGGUUCAUCUCCAAAAAGAAGCCACAUGCGAAAUAUUUGCUCUUUUGGAACGUCGUUGUGGGUCUUGUUUACAUGGCGGGACAAUUUACGAACCUUUUUUUGACUUGUCCCGACGGAAAAAUGCCGUUAGUAGCGGGAAAAUUGAUAAAUUUGACGAUGGAAUGCAAUUCAAACUGCAUUUGCGAUCAUGUGCCUUACAGCCCGGUCUGCCAUGAAGAAUCAGGAGUGACAUUUUUCUCUCCAUGUCAUGCUGGAUGCAAUAAAUGGCACGAAAAAGACCGCGUUUUCUCGGAUUGUUCAUGUGCGCCGGAAUCUGAACCUCUGAUGCUCGCCCGAGAAGCUUCAACAGUCCCAAGUUUCCUCAAAAACACCGAAUUUUCAACUUCAAAACCGGCGAAUAUGAAGAAAGAUUCACUCAUGUCGUCGAUUUUGCCGUCAAUUGUGCUCUCAACGACGAUGGAGACUCCAACGAGCUUCUCUUUGCCCAAAAGUACGACAACUAAAACUACUGACGGUUUUGAUUACGAAGACGAUGACUACUCUGAUGAAUAUUUUGAGCCCGGAACGUCGCGUGAAAAACGAGAAGCCCCCAAAUUGGAUGAAAGUUUGGGCGUUAUGUUGUCCGGGGCGUGUCUCAAAGGAUGUGCAACUGGUUUUUACAUCUUUACGACGGUUUCUGCGUUGAUAAAUAUCUUUGGAGCAUCAGGUCGUAUCGGAAAUUUGCUUGUGAAUUAUCGAUGUGUAACAAAAGAGGACAAAUCAAUCACUCAAGGAAUGAUUUUGAUGAUGAUAAGCUUGUUUGCGCUAAUUCCUGGACCAAUUAUCUACUCGAGAGUCAUCGAUAGCACUUGUUUGGUAUUUACGGAGGAAUGCGGCAAGAAAGGAACGUGUCAAAUUUAUGAUCAAAAGACGUUUAGAUAUUACGUGAAUAUUAUGGCGAUGUUUUUCACAUUCAUCGGCGUCAUAUUCGACGGUCUCGUUUGGUGGUAUGGCAGAAAUAUCGAGCUCUACGAAGAAAAUGAAGGUCAAACGGAAGCAGAAAAGCCACGAAAGCCUACCACAGUAUUGAGAUAGUUCAUAGUUUUUAAGCCAUUUAAUAAUUUUUUUGUUGAAAUUUCUUUGAGUAUUAAAUUUUUUAGUUAAAUCUUAAAUCAGAUCGUCUCUUUAGCCA